AUUAGACCACGCCCCCGCAUCCCCAUGAGGUCCCUGGGGGCCUUAAAUGAUGAGGCCUCAGGAUUUGGAAAGCAGUUAUCACUCGGGCCUUCUCUCUGUCUGUGGUCUAUCUCAGAGUCACUCAACUAAACGUCUUGGAUUUAGGUCUACCUCUACACUGCUUGGAAAUAUGACUUCUUCCAACACCGACCAGCGCCUGGAGCAUCUCCUCAGCGCCGUGGAGAGCGAGUUCCAGAAGGGCAGCGAGAAGGGAGACGCGUCCGAGCGGGAUAUUAAACUGACUCUGGAUGAUGCAGAUUUAUGGAACAAGUUUAAAGAGUUAACCAACGAGAUGAUUGUCACCAAAACUGGAAGGAGGAUGUUCCCGGUGCUGAGGGCCAGCGUCAGCGGCCUGGACCCCAACGCCAUGUACUCAGUGCUGCUGGAUUUCGUGGCCGCGGACAACAACAGGUGGAAAUACGUGAACGGGGAGUGGGUCCCCGGCGGCAAACCGGAGCCCCAGAGCCCCAGCUGCGUCUACAUCCACCCGGACUCCCCAAACUUCGGAGCGCACUGGAUGAAAGCGCCCGUCUCCUUCAGCAAAGUCAAACUGUCCAAUAAACUCAACGGAGGCGGACAGAUAAUGCUGAAUUCUCUGCACAAAUACGAGCCGAGGAUACACAUCGUGAAGGUUGGAGGAAUCCAGAAGAUGAUCAGCAGCCAGUCUUUCCCAGAGACACAGUUCAUCGCAGUCACUGCUUACCAGAAUGAAGAGAUUACUGCUCUGAAAAUAAAGCACAAUCCCUUUGCUAAAGCCUUCUUGGAUGCCAAAGAGAGGAGCGACCAUAAAGACGUGCCAGAUCACAGUGCAGACAGCCAACAGUCUGGCUACUCUCAGCUUGGAGGUUGGUUCCUCCCAGGCCAGAGUCCCAUCUGCCCCAGCAGCAGCCCUCCUCAGUUCAGUGGCACAGCAGGCCACUCCUCCGGCUCCUACUGCGAGCGCUACUCCAGCCUGAGGAGCCACAGAGCGGCCCCGUACCCCAGCCACUACCCCCACCGCUCCUCCAGCACAAACAACUACAUGGACAACACUUCAGGGACUCUGGCUACUCAUGACAGCUGGUCUGCUCUUCAGAUCCCCAACUCCACAGGCAUGGGCACUCUGUCCCACUCCACCAACUCCACAUCCAACUCCAGUCAGUACCCCAGCCUCUGGUCAGUAGCCGGCACCACCCUCACCCCUUCAGGCUCGGCCUCAGGCUCCAUACCUGGAGGUUUGACCUCCCAGUUCCUGAGGGGCUCCUCCUACACGGGCCUGACCUCCUCGCUGCCCGUCUCCUCGCCUUCCUCCAUGUAUGACCCCAGCCUGAGCGAGGUCGGGGUCGGGGAGGCCCAGUUUGAGAGCUCCAUCGCCAGGCUGACCGCAUCCUGGGCACCUGUGGCUCAGAGCUACUGA